UUCAACCAUGUCUGGAAGAGGAAAGGGUGGAAAGGGCUUAGGCAAGGGGGGUGCCAAGCGCCACCGCAAGGUUCUGCGCGACAACAUCCAGGGCAUCACCAAGCCCGCCAUCCGCCGCCUGGCUCGACGUGGCGGCGUCAAGCGCAUCUCCGGCCUCAUCUACGAGGAGACCCGCGGGGUGCUGAAGGUGUUCCUGGAGAAUGUGAUCCGCGACGCCGUCACCUACACGGAGCACGCCAAGCGCAAGACCGUCACCGCCAUGGACGUGGUCUACGCGCUCAAGCGCCAGGGACGCACCCUGUACGGCUUCGGAGGCUAGACCCCCGUCACUGCUUCACCCCGCAUCCCUAACGGCCCUUUUUAGGGCCAACCACAGGCUCAUUAGGAGAGCUGGCACUCUUGGGUCUGCCCAAAUUACAGUCGAUCUAGGCUCGGUAAUGGUGAAUGCGCCUCAAAAUGGAGUCGC